CACAUGCCGGAAAAGGAGUUGUUGAUGAUGUGAGUCCGUUGAUAUCGGCAGAUUUGUGGUGAAAUAUAAAAUAGUUUUUAUAAACUCGCAGAUGAGAAAUUACACGUGUUGUUGUGACAAGUCUGCUUUCUCGAUGAGAGCAAGUUGACGUUUUAUUCGUUUUAUUUGCCUCCUGGGCUCUGAAGAGGAAGUUUAAUUUAAAUAGUCCCUAUCACAGCCUCGAGGUUGGAACAAUGUCUCUGAGCGAUGAGUUGACUGUUCUGCUCCUUCUGAUCAGCGGGGUUUCUGCUGUGAGUGUUUCACCUCCAACAAAUGUAAGAGUGAGCUGCCAAAAUGUAAAGGUCUCUGUCCGCUGGGAUUACGGAACCAAAGAGCCACAAACGAUCUUUAGAGGAAAGCUCCAUCCGAAUUGUACAUUUGAAACCACAGAUCACGAGUAUGACCUGAGCAACUGUAUCUGGAAAUCUGGGGAACAGCGAUAUCUCAGCUUCAUGUAUGUCAGUAUAGCAGCUGUACAGGGAAGCAACCAGUCUGUAGCUGUGGCCUCAAACACUUUCUCCUUUAGCAAUUUAAGGACAGUCGACACAAAAUGUUCUUUAGAGUUCCCUCCUGUAGAAAUAAAGGCGAAGGAGCAGAUGGCCACAGUAAGUUUUCAGAAUCCCCUCAAGUUCUACAAAGAAAUAGCACAGAAGGACAUGCAUGGAUACGAAAUCAACUUUACAGUUGAAGAUGAAAAGGGAGCCUUUAAAUCAUCAUGCACAACUGAAGAAAUCUGCCAAUGUAAUGUGUCAUGCAAAAAGGGUGUGAAGAAGUGCGUCAAUGUGAGUGGAAUCUUGUUUGUCAGGUGGCCCGGCUCUCUGCAGGUGAAGUUCAAAGAGACAGAGGCAGAGACAUGCACGUUCUGUGCCUCUGAAACACCUCCCCCACACACAGGUUUCAAUGAGGUGAUAGUCGCAGCUGUGCUGUCAUCCUUGCUUUUAUUUGUUCUCAUUGUGGUAACAGCUUGCAUCUGUAAGCUAAAGGCGUGGACAUUUAACCCCUCAGAUACUCUACCUUCAUCUCUGAAGGACAGUGCAGGGAAUCAGAAUAAGCAUCCACCCAACCCAACCAGACCACACAUUAGUCGAAUCUCUGUCGAAAGCUUAGACAGCUGUCAGAACGACCCUGAGGAAACUGUUCUUCUCAAGGACACCGGUCAGUCCGCAGACAACAGCAGUGCUGGCUCUGACUACAACCCUGGCAACUCCUGCUACGCAGAGAGACCGCAUUUGGACAGCAGCGAUUCUGACAGAAGUGGGACGGAUGAUGACUCUGGAGAUGACUCGGUAAAGACGGAGUGUGUUUCAAUUGAAGAAAGGUCUGCUUAUGACUGCCCACAUGUGAUGAUGGACAUGGGUGGUGGAGACAUGGUCACAGGUUACACUGGGAAUUAAGUCAUGACUCGGAGGACUGAAGUUGUUUUUUUGUUUAAACUCAGGUCAUCAAAGGUUAACAAUCUAAGCCCACCUUUGGAGUGUGAGUUUACAACAAUAUGAAAUCUUCACUAUAUUUUUGCCUUUUGAACAUAUUUGGCCAGCGGUUAACACUGCACUGACAGACUUGGUUGUCUCAGGGAAGCAAGCUGGACAUCUUUGUCUUCCAGCUGUUUUCUGUCUGGUUACAGAGGCAGCUAGCUGGAUCUCUGCUGGUUUCUGCCCCUGCAUCAGAUGCAGUAGUGCACACCUGUAUUGAAGAAGGGCAUCUCAAAGCACAGAGACAAUCGCAGUUAGAUUUUAAGCUCAAGGAAAUCAAGCUCAAAGAGAAGAUUGCUUUAGGAGGGAUUGUUUCCCCAAAUCACACACGCACAAAUGGUUUUCUUAAUUGCAUCAGAUACAAGGAUAAUAGAAAACGUUUAUAUACCAUCUUUUAAUCUCUGCUUAAGAUAUAUGUCUAUAUAUAAACUGAUCCAGCACAAUAUUAAAAUCACUUGCCUAUUAUUGUUUCAGGCUCAGCAGUGCUAUGUGACAGUGUUUCCUUUCACUGUGGAGUGGCGCUUCUCUGCAUUGUGCUUUUUUCGCUACAUGCUGCAGAGAAGUGAUCAGUUUGGACUUUUUUCAGUGUAGUGUGGUGACUGACUGAUGUAGAUUAAUCCAAAGGAGGUUGUUGGAAUAUUAACUACUACUUUGAUCUAUAGAAAGCAGUUGCAGUGAAAGGUGCAAAUAUCUACUGAUUAUCAGGGGCAACCAUAUUAUCUAAUCUAAACAAAUAUAAUGUAUUUGCAUCUUUUUGUAUUGUGCUUUACAACAAUUGCUUCCAUUCAUUUUCUAAAUUUGUGUUGGGGCUUAUCAAAGCAGUGUCAUAGUGUGGCUGGAGCCUAUACCAGCCGACAGUGUGUGUAAAACAUUUGGGACAGGAGUGUCCGUCCAUCUGUUCUCUUAACUUUAUAUCUAAGACAAUGGAGCCUGUCUGAGACUCGCCCUGGGGGAGAGUCUAUCACGAGGCCAAAUGGCUCAAAUAAAACCCAACUAUCUAUAACAGGGUAAAUAAACAUGAUUGUUUUUCUGUCUUUUUGUUGUAUUGACCCUUAAACACUCUUAAAAAUGCCUUAGAGCCAUUGUAAGGGUUUUGCAUGAAUGGUCAGAGAUAAACCCGGGAUUGUCCACUCCUGACAGCAGAACUGCAGGUGUGACAACUACCUUUCAAUGCUGCUGACGGUGCCACACCUAUGCAGCCUGUUGUUUGGAAAAACUGCAGCCGGCAAAACCUGCUCUGUAGGCCAUGGGUUAGUGCCUUUCUUCUGCUUGCCUCAUAAGCACGCAGGUUUGUUGUUUACUUCAGGGUUGAUGUUUUGUUUUUUUUCUAUGAUGUGGGAAGUGUAAAACAUUGUUGUAUUAAAGGUAUUUUUGUACAGCUUAUAUGGUCACAUUCUCUUUAAAGGUUGGACACGGGAAUGAUUUUUAAAAAAUUUUUAUGUGCAUUGACCAGCAUCACUAAUAACAUGAAAACGUAUCAAACAUGAGUUUUUCCUCUGACUGAAACAUUUAGGACUGCUCUCUCCUCAGCACGCGGUUCUUUAUUGCAUAACAAGAAGGAAUGUAAACACAUUUUAUCCUGUGGGGAUAAGACGGCACGCUAAAAUCGGCAGGAACCCGGAAAAUUGCUUCUGUCUUGUUUUGAUCAUUUAUUCAGAACUUUUAUGAUUUUAUCACUAGCAGUGACGACUGUUUAUGGCUGGGUGUGACUUGAAGUGUUCCAAUACAAAUCAAAUGUAAGGGGACGCAUUACAGGUGAAAAGAAGGAAAGAAUUUUCUAAUAUAACUAUUAAUCUUCCAUUGUGGAUUACUUAAAGUAAGAAUAUGUGUAAUAUCUAUUUUCUGAAUUGUAAUGAUUUUGCAUUAUCAUACAUAUUUCUUCCACGACACUAUCCUGACCAAACACAGUGCUUUUUUCAUUUUGCUCAUAUUUUAGUGUAAACGCUAUCGUCAACAGUUGCCAUGCUUUUUAUUAAUAAAUUGAGUGAAUUGCUGUUGAAGUGGACAUUUGAAAUGGCCAGUAAA